AUGUCCUACUUUUCCUUCUUCACACCCACUUAUUCACCCCUCAUCCUUUCUCUAGCUUUCUCUCUCCUACUUUUCCUUCUUCACACCCACUUAUUCCCCCUCAUCCUUUCUCUAGCUUUUCUUCUCCUACUUAUUCCCCCCAUUCUUUCUCUUCUUAUCACCCACUUUUCCUUCUUCACCCCCUCAUCCUUUUUCUCUAGCUUUCUUUAUCUCCUACUUUUCCUUCUUCACCCCCUUAUUCCCCCCCUCAUCCUUUCUCUAGCUUUCUUAUCUCCUACUUUUCCUUCUUCACACCCCCUUAUUCCCCCCCCAUCCUUUUCUCUAGCUUUCUUAUCUCCCUACUUUUCCUUCUUCACACCCACUUAUUCCCCCCUCAUCCUUUCUCUAGCUUUCUUAUCUCCUACUUUUUCCUUCUUCACACCCUUCUUCACUUAUUCCCCCAUCCUUUCUCUCUUUCUUUCUUUUCCUUCUUCACCACUUUCAUCCUUUCUCUUUCUUAUCACCCACUUAUUCACCACCUCAUCCUUUCUCUAG